CUAGCAGACGUGUUGUUCUGAUUCGAGCGGACUUCUCUUGAGGGAGAGUUUAAAUUAACAACCUUCAGUUUGCGUUACAUAACUUUCAAAACAAACCUCCUGUGUAGAUCUAGACUCUAUGUGAUUUAAUAGAACAGUGUCUUUUCUAUAGAAGCUGGAUUUUAUUUAGCGAUAGAGAUCUAAUAUAACUAGAUCUAUGAUGUUACUAAGGUCCUAAGUUCAAAGUAAGAAGUUAGUAUCCAGGCCUAUGUGAGGCAAAUCUAGGCUGGACUGGUUAGCACCGGAAGUUUUAAGGACGUCAAAGUAAGUUGUGGCCUAAAAAUAGAAUCACUUUUCUUCAUUUAGCUGAGGCAAGAAGGAUAGGUGGUGCGUCACACAUGGUUGGCUACGGUUGUAGUAAAGUCAAUGACUUCAUUCACGGAAGCGCAAGGUGUACGCAAUAACAGUUUGAUUGUCAUUUUUAAAUAGCAGAAUGUCUUUACUUGGGUUUGCCAGCUGGUCAAGGAUCCAGGGGAGCAAAGAUGACGACUGGGCAGACAGAGUUAGUCAUCUUUGGACAGUUGUCCUCUUGGUUUGUUUCACCAUACUGGUCAGUUCUGCCCAGUAUGUGGGAGACCCCAUCCAGUGUUGGUGUCCUGCUCAGUUUACAGGUUCGUAUGUGAGCUAUACGAAGAAUAUUUGCUGGAUCAGCAACACGUACUACGUGCCCAUAGACGAUGCCAUCCCAGCCAACAUACACCUGAGACAGGAGAAAGAGAUCAGCUACUACCAGUGGGUCCCCAUCAUCUUCUUGUUUCAGGCUCUCAUGUUUAAGCUCCCCAACCUGAUCUGGAAGAUGCUGAAUGACACAGGUGGACUGAACAUGGACCGCCUGAUCUCAAUGGCAGAGAGCACCCAGCUGGGUAAGCCUGAGGACCGGGACAAGAUCAUCUACCAGGUGGCCAAGUACCUGGACAGGUGGCUCAAGGCACACCGCCAGUACCACUACAACCUGCUGGUCCGCAUCCGCCAGAGGUUCUCAAACGUCUUCUGUUUCUGGUUCGCCAAGCGUGACGGCAGGUUCUUGACUGGGUUUUACCUGUUCAUUAAGCUCCUCUAUGUGGCCAACAUCGUGUUUCAGUUUUUUAUCCUGAAUGUGUUUCUGUCCAUGGAUUACAGUGUCUACGGCAUUGAGGUCCUACAGAGUCUGAUACAGACUGGUGAGUUCAAGGACUCUCCGAGGUUCCCGCGCGUGACCUUGUGUGACUUUGAGAUACGUCAGCUGGCCAAUGUCCAGAGGUACACCGUGCAGUGCGUGCUUCCAAUUAAUUUGUUUAACGAGAAGAUUUUCAUCUUCUUGUGGUUCUGGUACCUUCUAGUGGCUGUCCUCACCGUAGGAAAUUAUCUCUCCUGGCUGUACCAAGUCCUGUUUGCCAGCAACCGCUAUCACUACAUUAAAAAAUAUUUGAAAAUCGGGGACAACAUCCGCAACAAAAAUGACGCCAAAUUCGCCAGGAAGUUUGCGGAUGAAUAUCUGAGAGAUGACGGAAUAUUUGUACUUAAAAUUGUGGCUAAAAACUCAUCGGAGCUGGUGCUGAGUGAUUUAGUCAACCACAUGUGGAGUCUGUUCAAGGACAACCCACACACCACCAUGCCUAAUGAGAAGAGGCAGCGUGAGGCAAGGACCAAUGGGAAACUGCCUGUGUCCACGCUGGAGCUGGACCCUGAUGAGUUGAAGGAAAUGAACCACCAUCACUGAUAUACAUGGGAAACUUUCACAGAGUGGAUUGUGAGAUAGGAUUAACUCGUGGUGAUGCAGACUAAAAAAUUAGGAUUUAUAUACAAUUAAAUAAUUGUUAUGGUAGAAAUGUCCAGGAUUUAUAUAAAAUUGAGAUUUUCUAAUUUGAAUUGCUCAAAUAUGACAAGGCCUUAAAUUUAUUGAAGCAUUUAAUUAUUUACCCAGUAACUUACCUGUCUCUCUAAUUGCCAUUAGAGGUAGGCUAUAUCUUUCUGCCUUCUGUCCUUAAAAUUUUACCUUUUUGCCCUCUGCCUUACAAACUCUAACACUGCUGCCAUCUUAUGCCAAUCUAUCUAAAGCUAUAUUUGAUACAUGUUUUAUCCAUUCUACUACCAUAAAUAACUUAUCUGGGAUAAAGUAUUUCACCAGCAGUUACUGCCCCUGUUUAUAACCUGUUGAGCCAUCUCAGGAGAAAUGUUUUGCUGUAAUAAUUUUUUCUUUUCUGUACAUGAGUGUCUUGUUUUUUAUGUAAUACUUUUUUUUUUAUAACUUGUUUUGCUGUGUGCAUAUUUAUUUCUUCUUUAACUUACUCAUUCUUUCUUAGCUACGGUGUGCAUGCAUUUUUUCUGUUGUUAUUUGUUUAAGUCUUCUCUCUUCUGUAUGCAUAAAUAUCUCAUUGCCAAUUAAUUCUAUAGAAUCUUGACAUUAAUAUUGUAAUGAUGUGUAUUUUGUUAAAAUGUUGUUGAUGAUGGGACCAAACCAUUGUUGCAUUUCCUGUAUUUACAACUUCUUGACUUACAACGAAACAGAAGGCUUACACCACAACAUAGAGUAACUUUGAUUGGCCAGCAAAUAACAAGCAGCUUUAGUGUGGAUGUAUGUAAAACAAUGCUCAUAAUCCAAAUAAUAAUCCAUUUAUUUUUGUUAGUUACACAAGCUGGACUGGGAUACCCUUACUUUGGCUUUAUGAAAUUCUGCUAUUUGCAGCUUACAGUUGUGUGCAUCUUUAAAAUAGUAUUUGUAUACUUACUAGGCUCUUUUCUACAGUAAGCAAUAUGCCGAUUUAUGUGCAGAAUUUAACUUUUGAAAUUAUUUAAUUACGAGCUGACCCGCGGCGUAGCAUUCGCCGCUAUCUAGUAUAUUUUCUACUUAUCAACAAUUCAUAAUUUGUGAAUUCAACACUACCCCCCACACCCCGCCCAGUGUAAGCAGCAGUUUACGGACGACAAUGAAAAUGUCAAGUAGAACUUAUUAUCUUAGUUUCAUAUUGUUUAAAAACUAAAUUAUCUGCCCCUAAGAGAAUUAUAUAUAGAUUACUUGAUACAAUAAUUUACCCAGGUUAGGUUUAUGACACUUGAGUGCUAUCAGUUCAUCUGUGUGUUAACCCUUUACAGUCCUAUGCACCUUAGAUUUUCCUUAGUGAUUCAGUCUGAUACCCCAGACUUAAGGUUUUAAUUUAAUUUCAAUUUAUUCAAUAACGGUAACAAUAGUAGUUGAAAUAAUAGUAGAGGUCUAUCAAUAGCAUUUCCAUUUAUGCUUUGUAACUUAAAUCUUAAUGGCAAUGAGAUUCUGAAUAUACCAACAGAAAAAGGAAAUAUUUAUAUUUCGCUGCUCUGUCACUAGCUGCUCAUUUUUAUGAAUUUUUUUUUUAAAAGAAUUUUUGUUUUUAAAUGACAGGCUAUCAUAAUCAAGUGUCUGCUGUUGAGUGGGGUUUUGAUUAUAUUGUAACAAAUCGAAAUUAAGUAAUUAAAUUACUUUACCCUAUAAUCUAAUAGAUUAUUGGAUAGUUGCACCUUGAAAAUCAACUGCAAGACCUGGACAGUAGGUUGCUUAUACAUUAGACCCCUCUUUUCACAAAGCUGAAGAGCGAGUCACUAUAAAAAAUAUUAGGUACAUUAUAUAGUUCCUGAGACUAGAUUGACAUUUUUAAAAACAUUUUAGCAUUUUAAUUGAAAUAAUAGUAAAAGCUGUGUUGUUGUUUAUUUUACUCUUUUCUGGGUUUAUUAUUAUUUUUAACUUACAAAAAAAAAUUUUUUUUCAAUAAAAUUAUUUUAAAAAGAGUCAUGGUAGAAAAUAAGUUGUCUUCUCACUCUGCCAUGUGUGAAGUAAAAUAGUUUUAGUGUUUAGACUGUAGGGGGUUAAUUUAAAACUUCUAGAAUUUUCAAUAGUUUUUUACAGGAGCUGGUAUAUAGUCAUUUAUCUUGAUUGGGACACAAGUGACCAAGCUCUAACUCUAAUUUUUCUAAAAGUUUUUGCUCGUCUACUUACAAAUAAGUGAGAAGCUUUGUGUAUUACUAUUUUUACUUAUUUUUUCUUUAUUCCAUGCUAUACUAUGGGUUACAAUCAACAGCACAAAACUUCAAUACAAUAAAAUUAAUUGUAUUAGCAAUUAUGCAUGAGUAAAUGGUGCUAAUCUAAUGCCUUAAUCAAAUAAUUUUGUACUAAUUUACCUCUGCUAUUGCAGACCAAUGUCAAGCUAUAAUUACUCUCUGUAACUCAGAUUUAGCCUUACAUUAUCCUAAUCAUGCAUUAUAAUUUAGUUUAUAUGCAGUGCCAUUAUUUUAGCUGCAGCAUGUUUUCAACAUAUAUUUACAUUGCAAAUCCAGGCAUUAUUGGUCUAAAUUUUAACAUGAACAUGUUCCACUGCCAAGAUAGGCAUUAAUACUUUUUUUUUUACUUGAUUUCUGAUUUGACACCAUUUUAUGUUUGUGAACAAGCUAGUCACAUUUAGUGUCCUAUUUUAUUUAUUGCAUGGGAUAAAUGGGACCAUUUGUUGUCAUUUGAUUUGAUGUUGAUUAUUUUACAACUUUGCCAGUUCUCAUUGUUUUAAUCAUUCAUUUGAAAUUUUAAUACAAUCACAAUUAUAACAUUUUUUUCAUAAUUCUUUACAUCUUGUAUAUAUUUUCUUUCUGAAAUCGUUACAAUGAUGUUUGUUUUGCUAUAGUAUGGUUCAUAUGGAUGUUUUGUAUGUAAAGUACAUCAAUUGGUUUUGUGUAGAUUUUUUUUCAACUCUCUGGCUUCUAUGAUAACAGUGUAUUUUUUAGUUCACAAAACAUUGAAAUAAUAGACACAAUGGGAAUAAUUUUAAAAUGCUGAAAAAGAUUUCAUAUCAUUAUCAGCCUAUUCAAGGUAUUUAUUCUAGUUCAAGUUGCAAAUAAGUUACACUAAUAUUUUUAGGUGGUGUCGCGGUUUUAUUUUUUUAAAUAAAUGUUUGCUAGGGAUGUUGGCUACAUAGGUUUAAUUAACAAUCAUUUUUAAACUACCAUUUCCCUGUACUGAUGUAAAGUUUAACCAACCAUUUCCCUGUAAUGAAGUAAAGUUUAGCCUACCAUUUUCCUGUACUAAAGUUUAACCUACCAUUUCCCUGUAAUGAAGUAAAGUUUAGCCUACCAUUUUCCUGUACUAAAGUUUAACCUACCAUUUCCCUGUACUAAAGUUCAACCUACCAUUUCCCUGUACUGAUGUAAAGUUUAACAUGUAAUUUCCCUGAACUGAUGUAAGGAUAUUUUAUUUGACCAGGUAGCCAUGUAUAGAAUGCUUUUACUUUUUGUAAAACUGGAGAUAUCUAUUUUCUUUAUGUCUUAAUGUUGUAUACAACAACGAUUAGUCAAUAUGGCAUAUUUUUGUUAUAACUAUACUGAGGUUAUUAUCUAUUGACAAUUAAUUUUUGUUUAUUUUUAACUAAAAAUUUCCUUCUGUUGUUUCUGUAAAAGUAGUUACAAUGUUGGCUUACAGAUUCCCAAUUUGUUGCACAAAUGUAUUUGGUGGAUGGGUACAGUAACCGUAGCAUUCCAUCAGUUGAAUCUUCCAGACGGUUAGCACAAAAAAAAACAAUACUCAAGUUCUACACAACACAAAGACUAGAUAUUUUAAAACACAAUGGGAUUGGGAUGUUUCUUAAAAA